UCCUCAAACGACAAGAUGAGUUACAGAUCUGAAAUCCACUCUGCUUCUUCCUACCGGAAGGUUUUCGGGGACGCCCCACGCUAUUCAGCCUCUCCAUCUCGGAUGAGCGGUGGCUCGCGAAGUGCAUUCUCAUCUGGUGGCUAUAGAUCCCAGUCUCUCUCCCGUACCGGCGGCUCAUCCCUGGGAUCUUACAGGAGAUCCGGACGGUCCUCUGAGGGCUUUGAUCUUGGCCAGAGCGCGGUUCUCAACAAUGAGUUUAAAAUCAUCCGCACCAAUGAAAAGGAACAGAUGCAGGGUCUCAACGACCGUUUCGCUAUGUUCAUCGAGAAAGUGCGAAAUCUUGAGCAGCAGAACAAAAUUCUGGAAACCGAACUGGUGGCGUUGCGACAGAAGCAGUCGGAACCCUCCCGCCUUGCGGACCUGUACCAGCAGGAACUCCGGGAGCUCCGUUCUCAAUUGGAAGAAGUAAACGGCGAGAAAUCCCAGGCUUUGCUUGAAAGGGACAACAUUGACGAGGAGCUGCAGAAACUUAGGUCCAAGUAUGAAGAGGAGAUAAGGGCUCGAGAUGAGGCCGAGCAAACCCUGAAGGCUUUCAAGAAGGACGUGGACGACGCCACCAUGGUUAGACUGGACCUGGAGAAGAAAGUGGAGUCUCUCCUGGACGAGAUCAAUUUCUUGAGGAAGGUGCACGAGGAAGAAGUGACGGAGCUAAUGAGCAUGAUCCAGGCUUCCCAGGUGUCUGUUGAGAUGGAGGUAUCCAAACCGGAUCUCACCUCCGCGCUGAAGGAGAUCAGAGGCCAGUACGAGUCGAUGUCCUCCCAGAAUCUGCAAUCGGCUGAAGAAUGGUACAAGACGAAGUUCGCCGACAUGAGCGACCAGGCCAGCAAGAGCAACGAGGUGAUCCGAGCGAGCAGGGAGGAGAUGAAUGAAUUUAGGAGGCAAUUGCAGUCCAGAACCAUUGAAAUCGAGAGCUUGAAGGGAACCAACGAAUCGCUAGAAAGGCAGCUCCAGGAGAUGGAAGACAGGCACAACAACGAAAUUAUCACGUACCAGGACACUGUCGGCCAGCUGGAAGAUGAGCUCAGGGCCACCAAGACCGAGAUGGCGCGCCACCUGAGGGAGUACCAGGACCUACUGAAUGUAAAGAUGGCGCUGGAUAUCGAAAUCGCGGCCUACAGGAAGCUGCUUGAGGGGGAGGAGACCCGCCUGAGCACGGGGAUAACCUACCCCACCCAAAGCUCCGGCCCCAGCCUGAGCUACGGGUUCCAGACGAGGAUGUACACCACCUCCAGCAGCUCCAGCAGCUCGGCCAAGUCGGGGAAGAAGGAGGAGAAGGCCGAGGAGCCGCGCAGCAAGCCUCCUGCCAAGGCCGUCGCCGCGCGCGAGACCUUCGAGGAGAUCAUCGAGGAGACCACCAUCUCCACAAAAAAGGUGGAGAAGAACGAGCCCGGCGAUGUCUACUCUGCCGGCCCGAAAAACUAAAGCACCGUCCCCUCUCCACGCCGCAACGGCUGUCCUCUGAGCGGAAGCCUCGGUAAACCCCACCUCACACUCUCUGCAGCCCUCGUAUCCGUCUCCUACCUACAGUAGCGCUCUCUUGCUAACACACUUCUGAGAUUUCAGGAAGCACUUUAAGUUAAAAAGAAAUAAUACAUUCAGGCCUUUACCGUACUUUGCCAAUUCCACAUAGGACUCGAGUUUACAAAUGGCUGCAUAUUAAUUUACCUAGUGCACUGCCAAGAGCGGUAAAUAUUCUUGACACAUUCCAGAGGGCAUGUGCAUGUGUGUGCACUGCGCACAAUGAAUUAAGAACAUAUCAAAUCUCUGGGUUACGAUUACAAGCAUUCAACUUUCCACAAGUACAAAUUAAUAAACAAAACCACUUGUCUUUAUUCCGACAUAAUCUCACUACAAACUAAUUCACAAAGCACAAAAUGAAACUUGAAGCCAUCAAAGAUUUGACAUAGACAUCAUUCCUGAUGAGCAGUACGGCCAUCAAUUAAAGCAAAAGUGAUAUAGUUUGCAUGUUAGCAGAUUGUUGGAAGCAUCUUAAAAGCCUUUGCAGUAGCUCAGCACUAGAUGGAUAACGGUAGAAUAUAUUUGGAGGGUUUUUCAAACUAGUCUUUUCACUGUCACUAUCACAUCUGUCACAAUUCUGUAUGAAUCAAUAAACUUCACAUCAGCACAUCUCCUAUUUAAAAAGAAACCCUUUCUCCACACUGAAACACUACAGCACACCAGCUGCGGUACCAGAAAGUGUAUACCAUCAAAAGCAGCACUCCUCUCCAAGCUUGCUCUUUGAUGUAACUCUUCAUCUAAUCUUAUAAUGAGGAAAUGAAUUAAAUGAUAAAAGCAUUAGUUGCAUGAUGUGUAUUUCAUGUUUGCAUGGUAACCAUCUAUGGGCCAUGGACUCUUAAUACAUGGCUGUACGGUCAGGUGUGGAGAAGACAUUUCCUUCAUAGCUCACACUAUCUCUUGCUGUGUUCUCAUUCAUUUCAUUACUUAAAAUUGUCAGCUUACGCCUGAGGCCAAUGUAAUUAUUGUGGCUGUGGAUAUGAUGUCUAACAGAACGUUGGUUCUGCAACUGUACCAGUCAGGGUCAAUGUAAUGAUGAAGGCUCUUGUUGUUACCUAUGUCAUAUUGUAAUGUCAUCCCAUCUGUACAAUCAGACUAGGUUGCUGAGGACGUUUUGUGCCAGUCAGGGUUAGGACAACCAACAAAAUGAAGGACAACCUUAAUGGAGCAGGCUUUGUCUUCACUUGCUCUUACGCUAAAGUAUUUUACAAUGAAAAGAGAAGCAAAACGAAUGUUGUUUAGCACAAAUGCAUGGGCUGACUAAAUUUGCAAUUCCCCCUAAGCAGUUAGGGUUGGGAUUUAAGGAUCGUAUGCACAACUUCCUGUCUGAAAUUCUUAAUGUAUUCUCGAGGACGCCUGAAGCACACUUUAACAGCAAUGACCAGAUUCCAUACCAUGAUACUAAGCCUUAGUGAUUAUAAAAGGAUAAGCCAAAAUUUCAUAGAAAAGACAAGCCAAAAUUUCAUAAUAAAUUUUUUCCUGACCUGAUAGCAUCACUACAUGCUCUUUUCCAAAUAUACUGUGUAAAUGUGUUGUAGAACAUGCAGAAUCCCACAAGCAGGAGUCUAGCUUUUCCUGUGACCAACCUCUGCUAAAUAAAGGGUAGCUUCUUAUUUCUUAAUUCAUAGCUCUGUGGUGGCUUGCAACAGCUGCAACACUCACUCCAUGGUACCACUCAUACAAACAACAUCCAUUGGUUGAGUUUGGUUUCAUCGAGUCAAAAUAUAUGAGCACACCUUCUGAGAAAAGACCAAGGAAACAUCAGGUGCACACCAUAGGUCCAGAGAUGCUGUAGAACCAGCGGUACACCUCAAAGGAGUUAUGGAAAAAUAUUUCCUUUCUUUGGCCUCAGAAUACAGCUAAACAACAUUUUGCCUGGGGGGUCCCAUAGUAUCUGAGCUUGUGCCGCUGAUAUAAAAGGCAGAAAGCAUUAAAACAUAUCUCUGCAAAGACAAACCCGACUGACUACACUGCCAAACUUUUCUAAUGCAUGUGCAACAAGCUUUCAUAAAAAGGUUUUUUUCUCCACCGCAGAAUACUUGCAACUAAUACAAUUGAAUGAAUGCUAUAGGUUGUCGAACUGCCUUAAUGACAUCAGCUGCUUUCUGACUGACAGUCUGUGUGCUUAGUGUAUGGUUCUGUGCUGGGUGUGUUUGCUCCUCCUACUUUCUAGAAUUAGAACAUAACUGAUAACCAUAGUUACUGAAUGUAGUUAUAAUGAUCUUCUUCCUAUGUUCCUAAUGACUGUAUGGCACAUAUCAAUAAAGAUUCAACGUUAAUGGA